CAGAUCCUAUGAAGAAACGCUGGGGACAGAGGGGAGGAGUAAAACUGCUGCUCUGCACAGUUUACGUGCCAGAAUAGUGAAUUUGUGUUCAGCAGUUCUGAGGCUGCAGUUCAUCGGAUCAGCUCAUAUUAUCUGAGUUUUACCUGUGUAGCUGAUCUGCCGGAGUUCCCUGCAGAAGCAAGCUGGAAGAAAAGAACUCCAGCAGCAUUUUUGUUUCUGCUGUCUGAACUUGGACCCUUCACUUCCAUACUGUGUCAUUCUGAGGUGUCAGCAUGCUGGAGCAGGUUCUGUCAUUCGGCCGCUCCCUGGUGCGCAGGAAAGUGGUCGACCUGAACAACCUGGAGGACUCCAAGCUCUGCCGCUGCCUGGGAACCGUCGACCUCAUUGCCCUGGGGGUGGGCAGCACUCUGGGUGCCGGCGUCUACGUCCUGGCUGGAGAGGUGGCCAAGGGAGACUCUGGCCCCAGCAUUGUCAUCUCCUUCCUAAUCGCUGCCUUGGCCUCCGUCAUGGCCGGACUUUGCUAUGCAGAGUUUGGUGCCCGUGUCCCCAAAACUGGCUCUGCAUACCUUUACAGUUAUGUGACUGUAGGGGAGAUCUGGGCCUUCAUCACCGGUUGGAACUUAAUCCUCUCCUAUGUGAUUGGUACCUCCUCAGUCGCCAGAGCGUGGAGUGGCACAUUUGACGAGAUGAUUGGAGGGCACAUAGAGAUAUUCUGUAAAACCUACUUCAGCAUGAAUUCCCCUGGUUUGGCCCAGUACCCCGACUUCUUUGCUGUCUGUCUGAUUCUGCUACUUUCUGGACUCCUUUCGUUCGGAGUGAAGGAGUCGGCCUGGGUCAACAAGGUCUUCACUUCGGUCAACGUCCUCGUACUCCUGUUUGUCAUCAUCUCCGGCUUCGUCAAAGGAGACACUCACAACUGGAAGAUCAGUGAAGAAUCCCUUAUAAAUUUCACCAUAGUUACAAGGAACUUGUCAGCGACUGCCAAUGUGAGCAGCGAUUAUGGCGUUGGAGGAUUCAUGCCGUAUGGAUUCAGUGGGACCUUAGCUGGAGCUGCUACCUGCUUCUAUGCUUUUGUUGGAUUUGACUGCAUUGCAACAACAGGUGAGGAGGUGAAGAACCCUCAGAGGGCCAUUCCCAUCGGCAUCGUGGUGUCGCUGACCGUGUGUUUCCUGGCGUACUUCGGCGUGUCAGCAGCGCUCACCUUGAUGAUGCCCUACUACCUGCUGGAUGAGAAGAGUCCCUUGCCUAUGGCUUUUGAAUAUGUGGGCUGGGCUCCUGCCAAAUAUGUGGUUGCUGUGGGUUCACUGUGUGCCCUCUCUACCAGUCUGCUGGGCUCCAUUUUCCCUAUGCCUCGUGUAAUCUAUGCUAUGGCAGAGGAUGGGGUGCUUUUCAAAGCCUUAGCCCGAAUCAAUCCUAAGACGAAGACCCCACUUAUUGCCACUAUGAGCUCCGGUGUAGUUGCAGCCAUCAUGGCUUUCCUGUUUGACCUUAAAGCGCUGGUCGAUAUGAUGUCCAUUGGAACUCUGCUGGCCUAUUCACUGGUUGCUGUGUGCGUACUGAUUCUCAGGUACCAGCCAGAUGGAGCUCUGGUGCGACAGCCAGGUAAAGGUGAGAGGGAUUACCUGUCGUCUGAAGAGGGCGAAUCAGACCUGACAGAAUCUGAGUCCCACCUCAACAUGCUGAAAGGUGGCAGCUCCACCCUGCAGGCUGUCCUGCAUCCUCCCGUCGCCCCCUCUGAGCAUUCGUCCAGCGUGGUCAACAUGUCCAUCGGCGUGCUGGUGCUGGUAGUGUGUGUGGUCAGCUAUCUCACCACCUACCACAUCUACUCCAUCAUUGGGAUGGAAGUGUGGAUCCUGGUGUCGCUGAGCGUCUGCCUCCUCAUCUUCAGCGGCUGCGUCUUCAUGGUCUGCAGGCAGCCUCAGACCAGCAAGAAGGUCUCUUUCAUGGUGCCUCUUCUGCCUUUCCUGCCUAUUCUGAGCAUAUUUGUGAAUAUUUACCUCAUGGUUCAGCUGAGUGGAGACACCUGGGUUCGUUUUUCUGUGUGGAUGGCUGUAGGCUUCCUGAUCUACUUUGGUUAUGGCAUGUGGCACAGUGAGGAGCGUCAGCGCCAACUUCCCGCUGCUCCAAGCAACAACCAGCACAACGAGAAGGCUGGAAUGGAUGCAGACGGGAAGAACCAGGAGCGUUUCAUCUGUCCGGAGAAGACCAGCCAGUGUUAAAGUCUCGCAGCUCGUCCACAGACUCUUUGAGGCAACAGAUGCAUAAAAGCAGGCAGCAGCUCUGCCUUGAUGCACCUGUACAUCCAGCUUCAUCAGUCCUGCAAAAGGCAGCGUCAGUAUUCUGUAUGAGCGCCGUGAUGAGGAGCCGCUCUGUCACUGUGAUGGGACCAAACCCUGCAGGUCUCAUUGUGCUUUAUGGACAGCAUGAAGGCAGAAUGGAAGGGACAGGUAACACACUGGAGAGUGAUGUUUAUUUCCUUUAACAGUGAAGCAGUCGAUGCAAGGCUGCAGCUUUUCUCUUUUCUUCAUGGACUUUAUUUUUGUUAGUGCACAUUUAGUCUCAUCAGUUCAUUUCAAGCAGGUUUGUACAGGUGGGCUUUUAAUCUGUGCUAGAUUUUGACACAGGACCAAUAUUAAAGUUGUGUUGUCUGUCAAAGAUAUUUUUUGUUUUCAUAUGUACACAUGUGAACUGUCAGUCCUUUAUUCUAGUGUAUAAUAUGUCAAAUAUUCCUGUAGGCACUUAACAUGUCAUGACUCGCCUCCUGAAAGUAGGCCAAGUGCUGGUGGAAACUCUCUGCCUCCUGUAGCUGUUAUGUAAGAAAUCAUUUAAAUGUUCACUGUAGUCACUGAGGCCUCUGUCACGGUUGUUGUGAUCUUAUUUAGCACAGGUUUUUAUUUUUUUGUUUCAUUUGAAUAUUACUUAUUGCAAUUUGAGGAUUAUUUGAUGCAGAAACUGGUUUGUUUUUCACGCUAUCAUACUAUAGAACGCUAUAUUUUCCUGUUUGUCUGGUAUUUUUUGCGACAUUGAUACACUUGCAGACAUGCUUUAGGUAUAAACUUCAUGAACCUUUUCUCACUCGAUCAUCGCCACCUCACAAGAAGCACAAUAAGUUAAAGUAUUAUCUGAAACAGCUUUGUCUCAUAGAUGGUUUGCAGAAGAUCUUUGUGUUCUUUCCUCUGGACUUUUAGGGGCCACAGUUGUUUUUUUUCUUCAUGAUCUUUAGCUGAUUGUAGUAGAGACAUUUUGUGCCAUCUGAACUCUCACCUCCACUGCCAGUGUUUUAUAAAAAUCUGAUGUGAAGAAAUCCUACAUUUUUGAAGAGGUUGUUGGAACCUCAGGCUGAUCGGUGUGUUCAGUGGUCUCAAUAAAUUUGGAACAAAUUCAGAAGCUAGUUUAGAAAGGAAGCUUUUCUGCUAUGCUGUAUAUACCACGAUGUCAUGUCACGUGUUACCAACUGCACAAAUAAAUACAAUAAAAUAAAAUGUAUUUUCCAGUAA